AUGGGCCGCGGCAUCUUUGCAGGCAAGGCGGCCUUCGCCAACGCCACUCCCCGCCUGAUGCUCUACUGUCUCAUCUACGCCAUGGGGAGCGUCUUCUUCGGCUACGACGGCGCCUCCUUCGGCGGAGUGCAGGCCAUGACGCCCUUCAUGAACAAGUUCGGCUCUUACAGCGCGACCAAGAAGGCGUACUAUCUCCCAAGCCGCACGGCGAGCUUGAUGAACAGUCUGCCGUUACUGGGGAAGUUCACGGGGACGGUGGUCGUGGGGCCUAUUAUUGAGAGGAUCGGGCAUAGGAGGGCGAUGGGGGUGACGUGUUUGGUGCAGAUUGUGGGAGCCAUCAUCCAGGUUACGAGUAACCACGCCGCGCAGUUCGUCACGGGCCGGUUUCUGGUGUACACGGCCGUCGGCCUGGUCGAGAACGUCGUCCCGACAUACCAAUCCGAAAUCGCCCCCGCCCCCCUGCGCGGCUUCUUCGUCGGCUCAAUCCAGCUAUGCCUGACCUUCGGCUCCCUCAUCGCCGGCAUCGUCAACGAGUCCAUGUCCCGCCGGACAGACAGCUCAGGCUGGCAGAUCGCGACGGCGAUCCAGGCUCUUCCUGCCGUGCUCAUCAUGUGCGGGCUGUGGUUCACGCCCAACUCGCCCCGGUGGCUCGUCUUCAACGAUCGAUCGGACGAGGCCAUUACCGUCCUGAGGAAGGUCAGGAGGCAAGAGGAUGUGGAUAACGGCAGGCCUGAGAUGGAGAUUGCGGCCAUGCGGGACGAGGGCCAGAUCGGCAAGCGGGAGAAGGGGCCUUGGAGGGAUCUGUUUAGUGAGAAGAAUAAGAGGAGGACUGGGAUCGCGUGCUCCAUCAUGGCUCUUCAGCAGCUUACUGGAGUGACCUUCUCGAGCUCCUACGGCCCGACAUUUUACAGAUCUGUUGGCUUAGCAGACAAGGCCUUCGUCUAUGCUGUCGUCAACAACGCAACCUCCGUAGUCACAGCCAUGAUGGCCAUGGUCUUCCUCGACAUGUUCGGCCGCCGCACUCUCGUCUUCCAGGGCGGCUGGUCCCAGGGCGCGUUCCUGAUCGCCAUCGGCGCGCUCGGUCGCAAGGCCAGCCCCAACGUCCACGAGAGCAACGGCAUCGUCGCGGGCAUGCAGCUGUAUACGUGUAUCCUCCACAUGACGCUGGGUCCGGGUGCGUACAUCACCGCCGCGGAGGUGGGGACCCAGACUCUGCGAGAGAAGACGAUGGCUUUGUCGACAGCGCUCAAUGUUGUCGUCGGGUUCAUCGUGGUCUUCGUGACCCCGUACCUCCUCGCCGAAAUUGGCGCCGGGCUGGGCUACAUCUGGGGUGGCUUCGCCUUCUUCACGUCGAUUUGGGCAUGGUUCUGUAUGCCUGAGCUUAAGGGCCGGAAUCUGGAAGAAAUUGACCAGCUUUUCGAAGCCAAUAUCCCCGCCUGGCAGUUCCACAAGUUCCAGACGGAUGGUCUCAGUCAUGAUCUUGCUGUGCUAGAGGGAGGAAAGGCUGACGCCAAGGUUGUUGAGCAAUUGGAGGAUACUGAGCGAGGAGACGCCGUCAAUCGGUAA